UUGGUGACGUCCAAUAAUCGACUGGCUGUGAAGUCUCCGGGGCCGAGGCCUAGAGACUUUUUUGUUGUAACGGACGCUGUUAAAACUAGCUGCGGAUGCCUCAGUAGAUUUCGGUGCCCGCUCUGACCGGGUGUGAACCGAUGAAGCACUUUAUUCCGUGAUUGAAGCAGAAACGGUCGGAGACGUUAGCCAGCUAGUUGAAGCUACUGCUAACUGCCAGCGAGGAAGUGAGGAACGAAAAAAAUGACAUCUCGGAGGUGGUUUCAUCCUAACAUCACAGGUGUGGAGGCCGAAAACCUCCUGCUGACUCGGGGAGUGGAUGGAAGCUUUUUAGCAAGACCCAGUAAAAGUAAUCCAGGAGACUUCACCCUCUCAGUACGGCGAAAUGGAGCCGUCACCCAUAUUAAGAUCCAGAACACAGGAGACUUCUAUGACCUUUACGGUGGGGAGAAGUUUGCAACUCUGGCAGAGCUGGUGCAGUAUUACAUGGAGCAUCAUGGGCAACUCAAAGAGAAAAACGGAGACGUCAUCGAGCUCAAGUAUCCACUAAACUGUGCAGACCCCACCUCAGAGAGAUGGUUCCACGGACAUCUGUCGGGCCGAGAGGCUGAAAAGCUGCUGACGGAGAAAGGCAAGAACGGCAGCUUCCUGGUGAGAGAGAGCCAGAGCCACCCGGGGGAUUUUGUCCUGUCAGUCCGCACUGGGGAUGACAAGACGGACAGCAGCGACAGCAAACCCAAAGUCACUCAUGUCAUGAUCCGCUGCCAGCAUGACCUGAAGUACGACGUGGGCGGAGGGGAGAAGUUCGACUCUCUCACAGAUUUGGUAGAGCACUACAAAAAGAACCCCAUGGUAGAAACUCUGGGCACCGUGCUUCAGCUCAAACAGCCCCUGAACACUACUCGUAUUAACGCAGCAGAGAUUGAAAGUCGAGUUAGGGAGCUGAGCAAACUAGCAGAGGCGACAGACAAGGUCAAACAGGGCUUCUGGGAAGAAUUUGAGACCUUGCAACAACAAGAGUGCAAGCUGCUCUACAGUCGCAAAGAGGGCCAGAGACCAGAGAACAAAAACAAGAACAGAUACAAGAACAUUCUUCCUUUCGACCACACACGUGUGGUGCUGAAUGAUGGGGACCCAAAUGAGCCAGGCUCUGACUACAUCAACGCCAAUAUCAUCAUGGUAGUAUCUGCUGUCAUGCCGGAGCUGGACUCAAAGUGCAACAGUACCAAGGUGAAGAAGAGCUACAUUGCCACUCAGGGCUGUCUGCAGAACACAAUCAGUGAUUUCUGGAGGAUGGUUUUUCAGGAAAACUCUCGAGUCAUUGUCAUGACCACCAAGGAGGUGGAGAGAGGGAAGAGCAAGUGUGUGAAGUACUGGCCAGACAUGUCGGCUCUGAAGGAGUAUGGAGCCAUGCGUGUUCGCAAUGUCAGAGAGACGGCUGCACACGACUACAUCCUAAGAGAACUGAAGCUGUCCAAAGUGGGCCAAGGGAACACAGAACGUACAGUUUGGCAGUACCACUUCAGGGCCUGGCCGGACCACGGAGUCCCCACUGACCCAGGUGGUGUACUCGACUUCUUGGAGGAGGUCAACCUGAAACAGGAGAGCAUUCUGGACGCUGGGCCUAUAGCGGUACACUGCAGUGCAGGGAUCGGGCGGACAGGAACGUUUAUAGUGAUUGACAUCCUGAUAGAUGUGAUCCGAGAAAAAGGGGUGGACUGUGACAUCGACGUGCCAAAGACCAUCCAGAUGGUUCGGUCUCAGCGCUCAGGGAUGGUGCAGACCGAGGCGCAAUACAGAUUCAUCUAUAUGGCUGUGCAGCACUACAUAGAAACAUUGCAGAGGCGCAUAGAGGAGGAGCAGAAAAGUAAAAUUAAAGGGCGCGAGUACACCAACAUUAAGUACUCUUUGUCCGACCUGACCGGAGGAGAGCAGAGCCCUUUGCCUCCUUGCACUCCGAUUCCAACUCCCACCUGCACAGAGAUGAGGGAGGACAGCUCCAGAGUAUAUGAGAACGUGGGCCUGAUGCAGCAGCAAAAAAGCUUCAGAUGAGACUCACCUUUGACGCCAGCGCUCUAUCAGUUCCAGGAUCUUGAUACCUGACAGUUUUUCGCCAGCCACACCUUGACGCCUGAGACUUGACCGUAAUGACAUGGAACAAUGGGGAAAAAAAACACACAAAACACAAAAACAUGCGAGGGAGACCACACACCGGGGUCGUCCUCCUGUUCUCGUUUAUUCUACACGAACAUUUUUCCCUCUAGUUGAAUUCUAAACCACUGUGAUCGUCAGAAGAGCCUUUGAAAAGCCUAACAUGCUAAAUUCCCUACUAAACCACAGUUCGGGUUUAGCCUUUGUAAAUCUCACCCCAACAAGGGCUGCCGACGGCAAGCACUCUCCUCAGAAGGAGAACGACCUAGCUAACCUUUGCUCAUCUCUCAUUUUUCUAUGUAUUUCUUUUUCUUUUCUUUUCUUUUUAUUAACCAAAGGAAAGUGAUGUAGAUUGUUUGUAGACAGAAAAAGGCCUGUGCCAAACCCACAAGUGAUUUUAUCCACAUUUUGCAGCCAGUUAAGAAGUUAUUCGGCCUUUAAAGCAGCAGGAGACCUUAUUUCCGGACAAAAGUAGGAGAAACUUCCAACAAUUAUUGUCUGUGUUCUAAAAAAAGUAACCGCAUAUUUACUAUUAAUUCCUAAUCCACUGACUUCUAAACCUACUUUCUUUUUUUUGUGGAAGAACCACCUCAAAGAGAAACUUAAUUUCUUAACUUUUUGUCUUCUAGUUCACAUUGGUUUAUAUGCUUUGAUUAGGAUUCACAAUGUUUGUUAGUUAAUCAUUCCUGAGCUCAAGCCGAAUGUCCUUAAUGCUGCACUUUUAUUUCGCAGCAUAACAGUCAAGCCUUGAUUCACCUGAUGGGUUUAUGAAUAAUCUCAUCCGGGGGUUCAGAGAGGAGUAUCCAGGGGGCCUGCACUUCUAUGUCGAAGUCUGUUGACGUAUUAAGAUUUCAGGGGAGUCUGUUGUGUAUCUCAGUUGCAGGCAUCGCCACAGAUGUACGGCUGCCAAAAAAAAAACUUUUUUACUUUUUUUUUGUGCAUAUUACUUUUUUUUUUUUUCAUUCUUUCUUGUUCUUUUUAAAGACAAAUGCCUUUUGUGUACCAUUGCCUAUUUUGAGCACCACAUGUACUUAAGUUUAAGAGUCACUGUUUAAAGAAGCAAUCACACAUCUCUUAGCUUUGACCUGUAGAUUAGUCAUUGUUGUGUUGUAGCCAGCUGGAUUUAGUAGUUUAUACACACACAUUCACAACACACAUGCACACAGGUUUAUAGGGGAGUAUUUUCUUGUCUUUCUGUCAGUGUUAAUCAAAUUUAAAGGAGCAGUUUGACAUUUUUGGGGAAUUUGCUCAUUCACUUUCUUGCCAAGGCUGAGAUGAGAAGAUGGAUACAAUACCCACAUUUAUGAAGCUGCAGCCAGCAGCUGAUUAACUUAGGUUGGCAUCAGUCACUCAUUGCCAGAACAUUCUCCACAGCAGUGUGUUGGCUUUGGAGAAUGGUCUAACUGCAUCAUUCUGCUUAUAGUAGGGAGAAAAACUCUCUCUCUAGUUUGUAUUUCUAUAAACUCAUCACAGUCAUCUUGGGCAUCUUGGAAAAUUAUGACAGGGAAUUUGUUUUGCACGCAGGGAGGCGAGCGUUGCUAAUUGACUGAAAGAUCCAAGCAGGGCUGCCUUAUUGCACAAUCCAGAUCUUCAGCAAUACUUUACUUUUUUAGCGUGUAGGAUGCUGCUCGGAGGUGGUGGUUUCCUUUUGUAUCGGGGAUUUUGAACCUGGUAACACACAGAUGGGGAGGACAGUGCUUCGUGAAAUAUGUGGUGGAAAUACAAGAUUUAUACCUGAAAUCUACAUCUGGGGAGUCAGACUAGUUCAGCACUAGGACCAGAAAUAGGGGAGGGGGGAAACAGCUAGCCUGGCUCUGGCCAAUGGUAAAAUAGUAAAAGAAAUGGCAGGUUCAUCCUUAUAGAUAGCAAUUGCAGAAAUGUUUCACCUUUUAGAGGAGCACAUAGACUUAACGUUUAUCAAAUGUCCUGUCUUCAUCACACGCACAAGAUGCUAAUCAGUACAUUAAAACAUUCCUUCUAUUCCUAUUUUCAGGGCCAUUCAGGAGUACCUACCCUGAAAUGGGUACUUUUUUUUUUUCCCUCUCCGAAAUUAUCCAUGAAAGAAGUUCUUUUGGAACAGUUCUUGUAAUGAAAACAUGCACAAAGGUUUUGGCUGUAUUAAGACAGCUUUAAAGCAGUUUCUGCAAUGGAAAUAGUCUUUAUUGUACUUAUGCACAGUGGGGCUUGAGCUGAUAUUAACAGGAUGCUCACAGUAACGGCGCUGAAUUGUUGACGUUUAUAUGUGCUUACUGCUGCUGUCUGCGUAGACAUGCUGACUUUGCUAGUUAGCACUACAUGCAGUAUAAACAAGAGGCGGACAGAGAUGUCACUAGUUUUGCAGGUAUUUACACCAGAAUUUUUACCAAAUGAUGGCUCUAAACGACAAUUUAAAGGAUCAUCAGAGUGAUUACAAUUUAUCCUCAGGGGAACAUAAAUGUCUACAGCAGCUUUUAUGGCAGUCUAUCCAAUAGUGGUUGAGAUAUUUCAGUCUGGACCAAAACGUUAGACUGACCAGCCAGUGCUGCUAGCAUGGCUAAAAGUAAUAGUUUUAUGGCAAACUGCGUGCUUCAGCUGUUUCUUGGUCAGGGUCAGACUAGCCUUAUGCUAAGCUAGGCUAAUCUCCAGCUUUAUAUGUAAAGUACAGACAUGAGAGUGGGAUUGAUCUUCUCAGGUUAGUCGCAGCAAGAAAUUAAGGGGCGUUUUCCAAAUUGUCAAACUGUUCCUUCAUUUUCACAAUCAGCUGCAAUAUUUAUAUUUAGGGAAGUCACUCACUCACUUAUUCAUUUCAAACAUGUGGCCUAAGUAUUUUGUUGAGAAUCGCCAGCUUCUGCACAUUCACUUGCCAUCACUACGCCUUGAGAAACUGCAGUCUUGCGAUUGAACUUGCUGACUCAGAAUCUCUCGUUUGAGACAAAAGAAAGAAGCGGCUCUCCUCUUUUGCCUUGCGGGACAGUUCUCAACAACCACUGAUCCAGGACUGAACAGCUUCUUUCUGUAACAUUAAAAAUCAUGAAAUCAGUGUUUUUCGGGGGCUGCUUCCUCUCACCGGAGGACUCUGCUAACACCCGGCUGCUUCACAGCAAGUGUUCUUUGAAACUUCUUCUCCCAGGUGAACGCCAUCCUCUGACUGAGAUCCUCUGUAGUGUGGUGUACUGUAUGCAGUUUUAUCGUCGAGCGGAUGACUUUGUACCUGUCAAAUGUUUCGUGGAGUGCUUGCUUGUGGUGUUUUGCGUCUUGUGUUGUGUGUGUGCGUGCAGGGAUGAGUGUAUGUGCUGUGAGAGUGCGGCUGCUGACAGCCGUAUAUGUUCUCAGAUACUUUUUUUUUUUGUUUCCUUCCCAGAUGAUAAAACUGCUUUCCAUUUAUCAUGUAAGCAAUUUAGAUGCAUAGACGUGCCUUCUAUGCAUAUGCCUAUGUGUAUGUGAUAGCUAUUAAAAAAAACAAACAGUGCUCUUUAGUUUCACCGCCAUUCAAGAACCUGUAACACUUAAAUGUGAAAUCUUUCAUCCUGAACAUCCUGAACAAAAAAGGAAAAAUGGUGAUCGCAAUGCAAACAAACUAUAUUUUUUAACAUGUAUAUUGUACAUGAGUACCAGGUAGAGGAGAAUGUACUUACUAAAACAUAUCUACUUGCCAAUAAAAUAUACUGUAUGUAUAUUCCUACAGCUUUCUCCCUGUGACACAGGGAGGGACCUCUCACAAAGCUUAAGAGGUUUAUUGUAUGACUUUCAAUGCAGUUAACCAUGUUAACUUCCUCAAUAACAAUAAAUGGCUAGCUCAUGCCUCAUAAAGUCA